UGAAUCCACUUAAACAUUAAACAAUACUGCAACCCCUCAAUGUACAAAUAAAAUUACGUCAACAUAACUGUUAUUAUGAAACACAACACAGCCCGAGCCAAACGGUCUGCGCAUUUCUGCCAAUCGUCAUUCAUCCGGUCGACUCGCACCGGUGACAAACGCAUGUGCGCAGAUCCACAGCGGAUCUCGGAAGGCUCGUGUACCGAACCGAGUUCAAACUAUCAGUCAAUAAUUCAAAACGCUGACAGCUCGAACUUUCGCGAAAGUCCAGCAGUGCCGUUUCCUCCAAACCGAGCCCGUGGUGCGUGGAUAGAAGCGCGCGGCCUCUGCGCGUCCGACCCUCCGUCCAGCCCCGGUUCUGCACGCACACUCCCGUUACUGCUUCCAUCUUCCAUCGAUACUUGCCAAUGGUCAUGUGAUCUCCCUGUUCUGCGCGCCACCUCCGCACGGAACAGGUUUAGCAGGGUCUUCCUGGUAAAGUUCACUCGCGUUCAGGCCGAGCGCACUGCUGCAGUACAGCAGGAGACGUUACAGCGUGACGUUAGUUGGGAAACGGGACGAGCUCGUGGAGUUCGGGAAGGCUUGGACAUGUUCUGCAAGUCACUGUUAAAAAGUGGAUUACUUGCAUGCAAACAAGAAAGUCCAAGCGGCCUAAAAUGUACAGCCUCUGCAUUUUCGCCUGUCUGCGAAGGGCGAUACCGAACCGCGUCCACGGCAGUGAGAGACAAGCUCAAAACCAUAGACGACCUGGACGGCCCGAGCUUUUUAACGUCCCUCUACUGGUUUUUUGGUAAAGGCUACUUUAAAGUGGCUCACCAAAUGCAGAUUGAGCACAGCAAGCUGUACGGUCCUCUGUGGAAGUCCACGUACGGGCCGCUGGUGGUGAUCAACGUGGCCAGCGCGGACAUGAUCGAACAGGUACUACGCCAGGAGGGACGGUACCCUGUGCGCACCGACAUGCCCCACUGGAGACGCUACCGGGACCUGCGCCAGCAGGCCUACGGGCCUCUCACCGAGAUGGGUGCGGAAUGGCUGCGCAUCCGAAGUAUCCUGAACCCCCGCAUGCUCAAACCCAAACAUGUGUCCUCCUACACGAACGCCAUCAACGAGGUGGUGACUGAUUUUGUUAAGAAGCUGGCUUUGCUUCGGGCAACCAAAGGCAAUGGAGUCCUGGUGCACGACGUAGCAGGGGAGCUCUACAAAUUUGCCUUUGAAGGGAUAUCCUCAGUCCUGUUUGAGACGCGGCUGGGCUGUCUGAACGAGGUAGUCCCCGAGGAGACCCAGAAGUUCAUCUUCUCUGUGGGAGAAAUGUUCCGCCUUUCGCCCAUCGUUGUUCUCUUUCCCAAGUCUGUUUGGCCCUACAUGCCCUUCUGGAAGCACUUUGUGUCUGUGUGGGAUCAUCUUUUCAAAGUCGCGGACGACCUGGUUCGGAAGAAGAUGGCACAGAUUGAUGAGGAUGUGAAGCGAGGAGAGCCGGUAGAUGGCGAGUACCUCACUCACCUGCUGAUCAGCAAGCAGAUGUCUCUUACUGAGGUGCUGGGGAGCAUCACCGAACUGCUUCUGGCUGGAGUCGACACUACAUCCAACACCAUCUCCUGGGCUCUGUACCACUUGGCCCGGGAGCCAGAGAUUCAGGAGAGGCUACACAAGGAAGUUGUCAGCGUUUGCCCGGGUGAGAAGGUGCCCUCUAGCGAAGACCUCAGCAAAAUGCCUUGGCUGAAGGCCAUCAUCAAGGAAACCCUUCGCCUAUACCCUGUGGUGCCAGGGAAUGCACGUGUCACUGCUGAAAGUGAAAUAGUAGUGGGUGGCUAUGUGUUCCCAAAAAAUACUCUCUUCCACUUGUGCCACUACGCGGUGUCGUACGACGAGACGAUAUUCCCAGAGCCGCACACCUUCCUGCCGCAGCGUUGGCUGAGGGAGCACAAGCACCCGGACCACCACCCUUUCGGCUCCGUGCCCUUCGGCUUCGGGAUCCGAGCCUGCCUGGGCCGCCGAGUGGCGGAGCUGGAGAUGUACCUGAUCCUGUCCCAGUUAAUGAAACACUACAAGGUGAUGCCAGAUCCUACAGGAAAGAGUGUAAAGCCCAUCACAAGAACGCUGCUGGUCCCAGCCAAGCCAAUUGACCUUCAGUUUAUAGACAGGCAGUUGGAGAAACCAGUCAAAGUACAGGCUAUUGCCUGAUGACCCCAGGAAAUACCAAACACUUACUAUAUGAUCUGAGUAUGUACCAAACACUUACUAUAUGAUCUGAGUAUGUACACUUGCUUUCAUUGUCUUUUAUAUUGGCUUCAUAUUUAGAAUGUUGGGAGAAGUCUUAUUAGAUCUUAUCUAAUCUAGAUCCUAUUAGAUCUUAUCUAAUCUAGAUCCUAUUAGCUGCCAUAGAGUACCGGUGUAAUUUUAGCAUAGUGUAAAUGACCUUAUUUAUGUAAUAAGCUUGUGUGUGUGUGUGUGUGUGUGUGUGUGUGUGUGUGUGUGUGUGUGUGUGUGUGUGUGUGUGUGUGUGUGAGAGAGAGAGAGAGAGUGUGAGUAUGUUUAGUGGUUACCACAGUGGUUGCCUUGACUUGUAAUUGGAAGGUUGCCAGUUCAAGUCCCAUCACUUGCCAGUGUUGGGCCCCUGCGCAAGCCCCUUAACC